GUUCCCCUCCACUAACAAGGGGGCAGCAGUAGUUGUGUAGCUAUUUGAAUUGCGAUUGGAAGGUCACUCGUGAUCUCUCUGCAUCGUCUCUUGUUCACAGCCGCAGAGAGGCUCCCCCACCAACUUUUCAGAGCUGCGCCGGGCAGUGCAGGAUCUGCGCAGAUUUCAGCGGGUGGAGCUUGGUGACGUUGCGCAGCAGCCCUCGAAGAACGCGCGUCUGUGCAGAACUGUGCUGAUCUGCGCAGCACUGCGGACAUUUGCGCUGUAAAAACACCACCAUUGAAACAAACAGGAAAUAUGUGUACCAGGUACAGUUCGGUGGAGAGUCUGUUAACCUUACAAACAAAGAAUGCAAAACAACUGACCUUUAAUAUUUACGGUAUUUAUUGUGAUGUUAAUUCGUGUUGAUAUUUUAUGCCGUGUCUUUUCAAUUAUAAUUCUUCAUAGUUUAUUACGUACAUUUAAAAAACAAACAAACAACAACAACAUUUUGACAUUUAAUGGGUAUGGGUGAUAUAUUUCCAAUCAUAUCGAAACAGAAAUUAUGCUUGAAUUUUUAAAAUCUGAUUCAGGGAACCGAAAGUGAGUUGCUCCCCUGAGUAAUAUUUUGUGGUACUUGACCCUGGGAUCUCAGUUUCCUGUGAGAGAUGCUGAUGUAUUAAGAGGACCCAUAGGUCGUUCUUUAAAAAAAAAAAAAAAAACAGGCCCGCUCUUAAGUGUAACACAAAACCGCAAUGCCAUAGCCGAAAUAACGACUCGUUUAACAAACACAGGAAUAAUAACAUUUCACAAAAAUGAGACUUCUGAGCUUUUUGAUGAAAAACAGCUUUCUGGGCAAGCAAGUGGAUUUUUACUCCAGGUUCUCUCCAUCUCCACUCUCUAUGAAACAGUUUUUGGAUUUUGGAUCAGAAAAUGCAUGUGAGAGGACCUCCUUUGUGUUUUUGAGGCAAGAACUGCCAGUUAGAUUGGCCAACAUCAUGAAGGAGAUCAAUUUACUUCCAGAUAAUCUGCUGAAAACACCUUCUGUUCAGCUGGUCCAGAGCUGGUACCUGCAGAGUCUAAAGGAAAUCCUCGAUUUCAAGGAUCAAAGUGCUGAAAACGAAAAAGUCAUUUACGAUUUCACAGAUGCUGUAAUAAAAAUCCGGAACCGACAUAAUGACGUCAUACCCACCAUGGCCCAGGGUGUGGUGGAGUACAAGGAGUGCUACGGCACGGAUCCUGUCUCGAGUCAAAAUGUGCAGUAUUUUCUAGACCGGUUUUACAUGAGUCGCAUAUCAAUCAGGAUGCUUCUGAACCAACACACUUUGCUGUUUGGUGGAAAAGUAAACCCAGCCCACCCCAAACAGAUCGGUAGCAUUGACCCAAACUGCAAUGUUGUCGAGGUUAUAAAGGAUGCAUAUGAAAAUGCAAGCAGACUUUGUGAUCUAUAUUAUAUGAAUUCUCCAGAACUGAAGCUGGAAGAAUUCAAUGCUAAAGAAAGAGAGAAACCAACAACAGUGGUGUAUGUCCCUUCACACCUCUACCACAUGGUGUUUGAACUUUUUAAGAAUGCAAUGCGAGCCACUGUGGAAUUCCAUGGAGAUGCAUUAACACUUCCAGCCAUCAAAGUGUCUGUUGCUUUGGGAAAUGAAGAUUUGACGGUGAAGAUUUCCGAUCGGGGUGGUGGGGUUCCUUUAAGAAAAAUUGACAGACUGUUCACAUACACGUACUCAACUGCACCUCGACCUUGCAUGGAGACGUCCCGUGCAACACCACUGGCUGGGUUUGGGUAUGGCUUGCCAAUCUCCCGUUUAUAUGCAAGGUAUUUCCAAGGCGAUCUUCAGCUCUAUUCCUUGGAGGGUUAUGGCACAGAUGCUGUCACCUACAUAAAGGCUUUAUCCACUGAGUCAGUAGAAAGGCUUCCUGUCUAUAACAAGUCAGCUUGGAGACAUUACAAGACCAGUCAUGAAGCAGACGAUUGGUGUGUGCCAAGUAAAGAGCCAAAGGAUAUGACCACUUUCCGUAGUUUUUAGUUGUGAAAGUCAGCAGAUAAACGGGUCCAGGAUUUCGAAGUAGGCAUUAAAGGGGGUUGUUUAUGUAGCAGGGUAUUUUAUUUCAUGGUUGAAACAUUUUCAUGGCAUUAUAGAACACAAAAUAUUGCUGCUUUUCAUUGCUUUAAAUUUUUCUGAAGACUCCAAAAAUACAGUUUUAAAUAAGGCUUUCACCGGGAAUAGUGCAAUAUUUCAAAGAAAAAAUAAAUACAAUAAAAUAAAUUCUAAUACAAAACACUGCACCAGUAAACACAGUAUUUGAUAAAAAAAAAAAAAAAAAAUCUAGAAAAAGUAUCUUAUUAAAUGGUAUGGGAUAACUUUGGUGAAUGUGCUGUGGGAGCCAAUGUUUUAUAGAAAAUCUGGCCUCAUGUCUUCUGAUAUACAUAGGGCUUCUGUUUUUUUGUUUUUUAUUCAUUAAAAUUUUCAGUGGUUAUUUUUAGCUAUUGUUCAAGUUUUAUGCAAAUUGCUUUUUUUUCAUGGCUUUCAUUUUUGAUAUACUGUAUGAAAUUAUUGUUUUUGGUUACUUUCCAAAAUU